AUGAAGUCCCUUGCCUUGAGUGUGCUUUUGGUCGUGUCUCUGCCGUGGCCUGUUCCCGCUGACAAGGAUUCGUCCCGCUUGGACGAGGUCAGUGAUUUCUUAUGGGAAAACUGUGAUGAUGGGCAUGAUCCAGUACUGAUCACCAGCCUGGAGGUAGAACCAGUUCCUAUCAGUAUCCCUGGAGAAGUAACUGUUAGCAUGGAGACCAAGACUAAUAUACCCCUAACUUCUCCUGUGAAGGCAGUGGUAAUUUUGGAAAAAGAAAUGACUCCUGAGUUGUGGUUGCAAAUUCCCUGUUUGAAAAAGAUUGGAAGCUGCUCCUAUAAAGAUAUAUGUGAGAUAAUUGACUCCUUCAUCCCACCUGGUGAGCCUUUCCCUAAGCCUCUCCAUACCUAUGGCCUGCCUUGCCACUGCCCCUUUAAGCAGGGUACCUACUCCCUUCCCAAGACCAGCUUCACUCAACUGUGGCAACUACUGUGCUCAGGUCGUUCUAAGCAAUGA